GCGCAAAGCCGCGUUGCACGCACUGUCAGUCCUCUUCAGUUUCGCUCGGCUAUCCGUGCAACGCGAGUUGGACUCUUCGUCAGUCGGAUCGGCUCGCGCCCGCGUCCGCGCCCGCGCCGAUCCGCGAUCAUCCCCUUCGCGCGCGCGAGGGAGGGUCGUCGCCGCUGCCACUGCCGCCGCGUGUCGAUCGUCAUCGCCGCCACCGCGAGACCGGCUGCUCGAUCGGCGCGGUGACGCGCCGAGACGCGCCGGAGACACGCCUGUCGCCGACAGGAAACAGAAUCGCGUGGCUCCCACGGACGCGACGCGUCUCCGUUACUCUCUCGUCUUCUCGGCUGCUCGAUGCCUCGUCGAUGCCGAUUUCUUUGAUACGCCGGACAAACUAGCCGGGAUGUCAGAUAGAAACGUGUGAAAGAGAGAGAGAGAGAGAGAGAGAAACGUGAAUUGAAACGCGAGAUUCGAGAAUUUGCAUCUCCGGGAGGGAGCCAAGAGGACGAGGCACACGACGACUCGCCGAGUAUUACUUUGAAUGGCAUUGCUGCGAGCGACGAUCAGCGGAGUGACUUCGCCGAGAGUUCGAUAAGACGAGGGAACAGGGGGUGAGACCGAAGGAUCCGGAGGGAUGCACGUAUCACGCCCCGCCGGCGCUUUUCAAUUACGCGAAUCUAGAUCACGAAGCUGUUAGCGAAUUAAGCGGGCUUGAGAGCGGACUAUGCGGGCUGAGCGCGAGAUGGAAAGAGGGAAAUAACGAUCGUGUGCCGUCGCGAUGAGAAAUCGCGUGUUGGGAUAGACUCUCGCAGCACAGGCCCGCGGAGCACAGCGACGCGAGACGACGUAACCAUGGUGCCGUGGAGCGUGGAGGCAAGAAAAACCGGCAACCGUCGAUUUAUCCGAUAAACUCUCUCGUCCUGAUUUCCCGUUUUCCCGGAAACGUACCGUUGUUAACCAAUUUCGGCGUGCAAAGUACGAAACUCGCGCGGGCCGUUUUACGAGCCUGCAGCAAUCGCUCACUCCUCCUUCCUCCCUUGUCCCUUCACACCCUCCUCCCCCCGUCCCCCUUCGAGGAUCGAUCGGAGAUCGGAGACGCGGCGCACGAGGAGGAAAUCGACCGGCACUCCGAGAAAACGACUAUGAGAGAUAAAAAAUGAGGUGUCUAAUCUUGACCCUCGGUCUGCUGGUUUCGGUGCAAGGACCUACCCGUUGCACGGCCGAUCACAGGACACACGAGAAUCGUGCAUCGGAGCCGCUCGAUCGAGGGCCGUACUUUGAUGUCUCGGCCUCUCGCAACGUGACAGCCCUCGUUGGGAAAACAGCGACGCUGCAUUGCCGUGUACGAAAUUUAGGCGACCGAACGGUGUCAUGGGUGAGACACAGGGAUAUCCAUCUUCUCACCGUGGGCGUCGAGACGUAUACGUCAGACCAGAGAUUCGUCGCGUCGCAUUUUCCUCACACGGAGGACUGGACGCUACAAGUGAAAUACCCUCAACGACGAGAUUCUGGCACAUACGAGUGUCAAGUGUCCACGACGCCGCCCAUAGGUCAUUCCAUGCUUCUCUCCGUCGUCGAACCCGUGACGGUGAUCAUCGGAGAGCCGGAAAUGUACAUAAACAAGGAUAGCACUAUGAACUUGACCUGCGUUGUGCGGCACAGUCCCGAACCACCCUUAACCAUUUAUUGGACUCACGAUCAUGAGGUGAUCAAUUAUGACAGUCCGAGAGGCGGGGUAUCGGUUAUCACGGAGAAGGGCGAGGUAACGACGUCAUACCUUUUAAUUCAACGUGCUCAACCGGCGGACAGCGGACAAUACACCUGCCAUCCCAGUAACGCUAACACAAAGACAGUCUUAGUUCACGUACUUAAUGGGGAACAUCCAGCUGCGAUGCAGCACGGCGGGCAGCUCAGAUUAGCCAAUUUACCUUUUGUAAUGAUUUCGACGACGCUUUUGACCUUUCUGAAUCACCCUUACUAGACGUAGAGCUGGACCAUUGUAAAAGUUAGAGUUGGAUAUAUUCCUUUCGAUUUUUCUUUCGCACUUAAUCAUUUGACUUUCCUCGAGAGAGAAGACUACCUAUCUACCUACCUACCGCUCUGAACAUUCUAUGCAGCUAGUCUGAAUAAACGAUCGAUUAAAUAAACUGCACAAGUUCGAGAGUCUUUCUAUGCGAUAACGUGAUUUAUAUUGUACAUUUGUUAUUUGGAUACACUGUUAUCAAAGCUAUAUCGUCGUUUCCUAUAAUUUAUUGUUAUUAAAUAUUUUUUAUGGGAAGAUAGUCUUUAUAUAUAAGUAACAUAGCCCUCAAUCAAUAGUCUUCAUACCUCGUGAGAAUUCUUAAAUAUAUCUUUAUGGAGUGUAAACGUCGUCUACGUAUUGUCUACAUCAAUAAGCGUACUUCGCGAAAGUCUGCAGGCGAAUGUAAUGGGCGAGGAAAUCGUACCUUGGAACGGAAAACAUCGUAAUGUAAUAAAAGAUACAUAAGAACAAAACCGAUAGCGAUGAACCGAAAAACAAAAGCGACACAGAAUGGUCUCGUGUGGCAAAAAGUAGAAAAAGAGAUCAAAUUUUCGUUCAAGCUGAAACAUUGUAAUAUGCGAUUCAGGGUAUUGAUCACGUAACAUUUUUCCCUAGAGCGGAAACGUAAAAAAUGGAAAACGAAAAAUUUUUCCAUUAAUUUCAACGGUAAUGUUCUACGUUUCGCGUUUUCCCUAGGGAAAAAAUUACGUGAUCGGUACGGCGAAGAUAGGGCGAAGACAGGGUAAACAAAAAUCAAAUACAUUUGCGAAAAUAUUUGCCGGUUACUUAAUUUGGAAAGCUCGGAGCCCGAGCAACAGGUAACGUUACAUUCUAUUUUGUUUUACCACGUUUUACAAGACAAUACGUUGCGCUUGCCAAAAAAAAAAAAAAAAAAAAAAAAAAAAAAAAAACUGCGUACAUGUUACUGUUACAGGAAUAAUUUAGAUUUUAAUAUAGAGAGAGGCAUAUUAAAAUCUAUUAUGUUGAGGGAGAGAAACACGUAAAAAAAAAAAUAUUAUAUAUAUGUAUAAGAUACACUGUAAAGCCGCUAAGAUGGAAAUAUUCGAUGUAUGAAUGAGGGUCACGUUGAAGUAUGAUUGAAAUAUACUCGUAUAAAUAAGUUUUUGAGAAAAAACCGUUCCUUAACGAUCAUCUUCAAUACGAGAAAAAAUUCUGAUAAGUUUGACGUACUUGAACGAAAUUGCGAAAAAUGCGCUUCGGUAACCAUCGAAUGUUACACUGUAAUCUUAUUAAAUUUCUAGUCGUCGAUUCGAUUUAUCAAUCGUUAGUGCUUUAUUUCAUGUUAAACGAUUUAUUUGAUAGUGAAGAGUUAAUACUGCUUCGAAUGACUGUUAUAUGAGUUCUAAUAUGAUAGCGAUAAUUAUGUAACAAGAAGAUUAUAAUUAUAAAUUUACUAUCUAAUUACAGAGAUUAUGAUUACGGAUUUAAUAUGUGACGAGAAUUAUGAAAACAGAAGAUUAUAAUUACAAGUUUAGUAUUUAUUGCAGAUUAUAAUAGAUUAUGUUCGAGAUUUUAAUUAUUGAAAAAAACUUUCUGUUUACCGUACGAAUAUUAAUAUGUGAUACAUCUUUGUUUUAUUAAAUGUGUUACUUUUAAUAUAUUAUGUUACGCAAAGAGCAUACCAUAGAAAUUAAUUCGAAUACUCAUUCAAAAAAAGGAAAAACAGUUUGAUUUAAUGUUAGAUUGUACGAUUUGAAAACUUCAAUUGUUGAAUAAGAUAGAGAUGGUUUCAGAUUUAUGGCAUCUUGUUCUCAGGAUACAUACAUACUUGUGUGACAUGCUUGUUCUACAAAUUAGAACGUGUAAAUCGUGCGUUUGAUCGCGAAAUUAUUCGAAUUUGUGUGGGCAAUUUGAGAUUCUCGAUCACUUCAUGAUUUGGUGAGGCCAUUAAAUAAUAACUAUUUGUUAUUGUCGUGCAAAUAAAUCAAUUAUGAUUAAA